AUGUGCCAUCAGUUAAGCAGGACCCACAAAGAGGAAGGAGAAGAGCAGCUGGUCAGAGAGGCUCCGGGUGGGGACACAGUGCAGAGCUGGCCCUGGUGUCAUCCUGUGCCUCAGACCAGCCCCAGGUCAGCCUCGGUCCCUUCUCCCACCAGCAUCUGGGAGCACCAUGACUCCUGCCCUCUCAGCCCUGCUGUGCCUGGGGCUGUGUCUCUGCAAGAGGACAAGGACCCAGGCAGCAGACAUUCAUCCUAUGGGUGGGCAGAGCUCAGUGACGCCCUGGAGCUGGUGGUCACAGGCCUCUCUGCCCCGCCCUCCCUGGCAGCCCUGCCCAGCUCUGCUGUGGUCUCAGGACAGAAUGUGACCCUGCAGUGCUGGUCAGAGCUAUAUUAUGGGUGGUUCGCCCUGUGCAAGGACAGAGAAGAGAUCUCCGGUGGCAGGACCCGGAGCCAUGGAAGGAUGUAUCAGGCUGACUUCUUCUUCCCUGCUGUGACUCUGACCAACAAUGGCAGUUACGGAUGCUUCGGCUAUCAUAGUUCUUCCCCCUCUCUGUGGUCCUCCCCCAGCGCCCCCCUGGUGCUCUGGGUCUCAGGGACCUUCUCUACAAGCCCUGAAUCUGAGAACAAGCCCUCAGAUGCUGCUGCCCUGGAUUACACUGUGGGCAAUCUGGUCCGACUCAUCUUGGCUGGGCUGGUCCUCAUCCUCCUCAGAACCAGCCCCAGGUCAGCCUCGGUCCCUUCUCCCACCAGCAUCUGGGACCACCAUGACUCCUGCCCUUUCAGCCUUCCUGUGCCUGGGUCUCUCUGCCCCGCCCUCCUGGCAGCCCUUCCAGGCUCUGAGGUGGCCUCAGGACAGAGCGUGACCCUGCAGUGUCGGUCAGAGCUAUAUCAUGACUGGUGUGUCCUGUGCAAGGAGGGAGAAGAGAUCAGGCGGGGCAGGACCCGGAGACAUGGAAGGGGGCUUCAGGCUGACUUCUUCUUCCCUGCUGUGACUCCGACCCAUGUUGGCGCUUACAUUUGCUUCGGCUUUAAUAGUUCUUCCCCCUCUCUGUGGUCCUCCCCCAGCGCCCCCCUGCUGCUCCGGGUCUCAGGGACCUUCUCUACAAGCCCUGCAUCUGAGAACAAGCCCUCAGAUGCUGCUGCCCUGGAUUACACUGUGGGCAAUCUGGUCAGAAUCAUCUUGGCUGGGCUGAUCCUCAUCCUCCUGGGGGUCCUGCUGGCUGAACACUGGAAAAGCUCCAGGAAGCAAUUGGUCCAGGGAGUCCUUUGCUGA